AUGUGGCUAUCUAGUAACAACAAUCUCUUCAAUGGCAAAAAAGAUAAAAUCAACACUUCCAACACCAUCUCUAAAGCGACAGAAUACUUUGUGUUGACAAAAAAUGCAUUCACCAAAAGAACACAUCAAAUCACAAUCAAAUGGGAGCCACCCAGGAGAGGCUCUUACACGCUGAAUACGGAUGGAACAGCUAAAGGGAACCCAGGCAUAGGAGGAAUAGGUAGAGUAUUCAGAAAUCACAAUGGAGAUUGGAUAAUUGGGUUUGUGGAGAAUAUCAUCCACACAACCAACACUUCGGCUGAGCUGAAGGCCCUCCUAAAAGGACUACAACUUGCUGAGCAGAAUAAUUUGGUUCCUUUAGACAUCAACACUGACUCCGCUGAAAUUAUACAAAUGUUAAUCACAAGUAACCUCACUUAUGAUCCUAUAAUUUGUGAAUGCAGGUCCUUAAUAUGCAGGAUGGACAGGGCCGUGGUGAAGCACACUUACAGGGAGCAGAAUAGGGUGACAGAUGCCUUAGCCAAGGAAGCAACAAAGACAACUUUUUUGAACAGAUCUAGCAUACUAGCAGUUCCUUCGAUGUUUGCCAAUGAUGCAUUUUGGGCAGACAUCCUAGGAACUGAUUUUGUUAGGAUUUUUGUGGGAUGUGCAACUAUGGCUCUCAACAACAAUGAUCCACUCGAAAACAUGCCUAUGGGGGAUGUGGAUGUGGAAGAUGACCAAGUUGAAGAGCCUAUUCUCCUUGCACCUGAUGCACCAAAAGAUCGGAAUCUCCAAUCACAAGCAGCUCCUGAACAUUCAUGUCAAUGGCCAACCUGA